AUGGCCAAAGACAAAGACCGCGCUCAGAACCCGGCCGCCCAACAACGGAAGCUCGAAAAGCAGAAAGCCCUCAAGAAAGGCAAAGCAGCCGUAGCAGCCCAACGAACCGAACGCUACGCCUCUCGUAAUCCCCGCCGUCUCGAAUCGACCAUAUCAGACCUUCACGCUCUGAAAGAAAGCCAAGGCGGAAAACUCUCGGCCAGGGAUCAGCGGCAGCUUGAGGAAGCAGAGCGGGAUGUUGCGAGGGUGAAGAAGGCAAGGGAGGUAUUGGGCGACAAGGCUCCUACAUUCAGCAGUCAUAGGGGUGGAGGCGAAGCGCGAGGCCGAGGGGACGGUAGGAGAGGGGGAGGAGGCUACGGGGGGCUGGGGAAGAGGAAUCGGGAGGAAGAGGAGAGCAGUGGUGGGGAAACGGAUGAGAGUGUGAGGAAGAUACCCUGGCCGAGGGACACACCGCCGCCUGUACCACGACAGCGAAGGGAGGAUCGCCCGAGGCAUCCUACGAACGCGAACAGCGAACCGCUGGGUGCUGAACGGAGGCUACAGAGUCGUGAGGGGGCAGAAGCCGAGGUGCCGGAUACAACGUUACCGGCGAAACCGGCGCCGAAGACGACGUAUGAGAGCAAGCCUGUGGUCAGGGAUUUGAGGAAGGAGGCUACGGCGAGGUUCGUCCCGAAUGCUGUGAAGAGGAAGAUUGAUGCUACCAAAGGAGUUGGGGCCAAGUUGUUGGAAGAGGAGGAGGUGGAGAAAUUGGAGAAGGAGGGUUAUGGGGCUGGCGGGAGAAGUUUCGGGGAUGGCGUGAGGGGAAGGCCUGUUGUUGAUGCUGCGCCUGAGAUUGACGGCGUAGAUGCGGAGGACGAGAGAGAAAGAAGAAGGCUGGAAGAGGAGGAAGAGCAAUUCAGGCGAGAGAUGGAGAUGGUGGAGGCAGAUGGAGAGGAGGGCCAUGGACCAAAGCGAGUCAUGGUAGAAGAGGUCAGCGAGGACUUACAGUAG